CUUUAAACUACAAGAGAGAAUUGGAUGCUAUUGCCACCAAAGACAUUGAAGAGAAGCAACACAGUGCCAGAACAUAUCAAGUCCAGUUUCAGCCAGCCUCAGUCUGCCAAUUAGAACAGCAGCACCUCCACUGUAACCUGCGCCAUCAGCAAUGCCAAGAGGGCCCCAGCCAGUGGCCAGCCCCAAGCCCUGCCUCGGUACCCGCUCUGUGAAGUUCCGUUGCGUCUCUGUCAGCACAAACAGAAACAGCUGUUGAAGCGUGGGCAAUCCCUCACGGUCCUCGCUGCCACCCUGGGAACUCAAGUGCAGCUCAACUCUAGCCAGCCAGGGGAGCUUACAACUGAGAGGUCUGUCCUACACUGUGCCCAAAUCCACCUCUCAGGCAUGGCUCCCAUUCGGGAUUCCGUCAGCCACUCCCCUAACCAAACAGGUUUGGAACAUGCUGGCCUGGAGCCUCAGUAUGAAAAUUCACCAUGGAGCUCUGGCUCACCUUGCAGCAACUCGAACAGCAACUGGGGAAAAGUUAUUGUAGAUAAGGGACCCUGGCCCUCCAUCACUGGUAGUGACCCAGAGUUAGCCUCAGAAUGUAUGGAUGCUGACUCUGCCUCCAGCUCUGGGUCAGAAAAAAAUCUUAGUAUGAUGGCGUCUGGGAGCACUGGUGGUGACAACAAUGGCAAUAGACAAGGUUCUCAUUUCAUGGUUGCAAAUGGCAGCAGUAAUGGGAGUGUUAAGGGGCCUUGGGGUGUAUCCAAUGGCUCGAUGCUAAGCACAUGUCAAGGCUCUGGCGAGGGCCCCAGCAGCAAGCUGGCAGAAAGCAGCCAUGGCAAAAUAAAUGCAUGGGGUACCCAAGGUUCCUCAACCAAUGUAGGUAUAAAUCCAAGCACUUUGAACCCAAAUGCCAACCAUGGUGCCUGGCCUGUUCUUCAGAACACUGGGCCCAACCCCCAUGGGCCUGCGGGGAACGGAAAUGGUGGCACCAACACUCAACAAAGCAUCAUAGGUCAAACACCCAGCAUGCAGAGUAUCAACUCUAAGAUGUCCUGGGGAUGCCUGCAGGAAAAUAUGUCCGAAGCUGAAGUCAAUAGUACAAACAAGGUUCCAAGUGGGCAGCCUCAAAACCUUAACACUGAAUUUAAUGGACCAAAUAACACUACUAACACGAUGACCUCUAGUUUACCAAACUCUACAGGUUCAAUGCAGAUGAAUGAACAGCCCCCAGGGCACCGAGCUUGGCCUAUGAGUACAGGGGGCUCCCCUCAGCUCCCUAUAUCUCCAGUCUCUAAUGGCACUUCCAUUUCUCAACAUGCCAACAGUGAGAGAAUCAACAGCGGGUCUUAUGGUACAGCAUGGGGCGUUCCGCCUGGCACUAAUUACUCUGGAGACAAAUGUCCCAUCCCUAAAGGCCAAGCUGUGGGCGACACUGUGAAUGCAACUCUAAUGCAGUCUGGAGCGAAUGGCUCCUCUGUGAGUGCUGCUUCUUUAAAGAAUAAUAAUAAUAAUGGGAUGGGCGGUCGUGGAGGAGGUUGGGACUCAGCACCCGCUACCUCACAAAGUAUGUCUUGGGGAGCAGGCAGUGGUGUGGGCCCAGCUGGGAUCCCUCGCCCCUGGGGGAGUGCCUCCUCCUCCUCGUCUUCCUCUUCCUCAUCCUCUUCAAACACUGGCACUAAGGUCUCAAACGGGGAGUGGAACACUUUGCCCAGCAACAGUCAGCAUUCCAAUGAUAGCACGAAUGGGAGCAGGAAGGGAACAAAUGGAUGGAAGUCCUUGGAGGAUGAUGCUCUUGGUAUAGGGAGCUCCGGUCAAGCGUCACAAGGCAGCACAUGGAACAAAUCUACAGGCAGUGAAGGAAGUGGAGAGAGCUUGGGAGGUUGCAGUGAGAGGGAUGGGCAAUGUGGUGGCAACCGAAGGAGAGGUAAUCAGCAGGGCAUGAUCAAUGCAGCUCCCUCUAAAAUUGACGUGGACCCCAGGGUGCUGUCCAACACGGGGUGGGGACAAACUCCAGUCCACCAGAACACUGCGUGGGAUGUUUCAAGCUCUGCUAAAAAGACAGGAAAUGGACAUACAGGCUGGGGUAGCGCUCCCCCUCAGGCGUCUAACUCGGGUGGUUGGGGAGAUGGACCCAGCACCAACAAAAGUAGUGAUUCUUCAGUGUCUGGGUGGACGGAAACUAAACCUUCAACUGGCUGGGGAGAAACCAAAGGCCCAGUUGAACAAAGUAGAUGGGAGGAUGCCCCUUCUGUUACAAUGAACAAGGGUGGCUCCUCAUGGAAUGGCACCAAGGAUGAGAAGUCCUCCUCUUGGAAUAAUCCGCCGAAGGCAAAGCAGGGAUGGGGCGGAGAAGGCCCGAAGGGAAACCAUUGGGGAGAGCCCCAGAAAUCUGGUUCAGGAGGCUGGGACAGUGACAGCGACCGCUCUGGAUCAGCCUGGAGUGAGCCGGGGCGUUGCGGGACAAGCAACACCUGGGGAGGCAGCGGAGGCACCAACACUCCUGACCAGAGUGGUCCAACCACAGGAUGGGGAGAGCCACCCAAGACCAACAAUCAAAACCAAACCUGGCGUGAGCCAAUCAAAUCAAGCCACUCCAACCCCACCUGGGGCGACAAUACAAAACCGCACAACUCUUCAGAGUGGGGCAAGUCCCAAGAUUCCAGCAUGGGAACAUUCAGGAGUGGGAGCACCUCUCAGACUGGAGCCCCUGGUCAGAACAAGCCUACAGGAUGGCUGGGAGGCCCGAUGCCUACUGCCUCCAAAGAAGAAGAAUCCACUGGAUGGGAAGAUCCAUCACCAGAAUCCAUCAGGCGUAGAAUGGAGAUCGAUGAUGGUACUUCAGCAUGGGGAGAUCCCAACAAAUAUAACUGCAACAACGUAAAUAUGUGGAGCAAGAACACUGCUGGAGAGCAGGAUGGCAUGGCUGUUUCUCAGCCCCCUCAAGCCCAAAGCGCCAUGGCCCCAAAGGAAAAGAACUGCAACUCAGAGUGGGGAGAGCCAUAUGGUGGGCCACAAAAAAUGGAGUCCUCUACCUGGGGUGAGCAUGCUGCUCCACCUGUCACUGUGGACAAUGGCACGUCUGCUUGGGGAAACCCUGUUGAUACAGGUUCCAGCUGGGAAGAGCCGGGGAGGCAAAACUCAAGAGGCAGUGGCUGGAGCAACGCUGCUAUAGGACAGCAGUCACAGCACAAGUCUGGAUCCAAACCUAUGCAAGAUAACUGGGGUGGAGAGGAGAUGUCCAUGACGGGGCACUCCAACUGGGAGGAGGAAGUGGAAGUAGAGAUAGGCAUGUGGAACAACAAUCCAUCUCAAGAAGUGAACCAAACUGGAAACUGGCCCUACAAGAAGAUGACUCCAAAGCUGAACAAAGGACCCAACAAGCAAGAUGAUUCUCCAUGGAUGAAUCAGUUUGUGAAACAGUUCAACAACAUGUACCCUAGGGAUUCUGCUGAAGACUCCCUGAAGAGCAAUAAGAUGGAUAUGUCUGGAGGAAUGACAGACAAGCGCAUUGAUGUUGACAAGCAUGUUCUUAAUAUCGGAGAGUAUGGGAAAAAUCCUGCUUCACGCCACCAGAUCCACAAAGACUCUACUAUAGACCGUAACCACUAUAUGGAUAAGAAUGUAAACAUGUACGGUGUCGGUAAUGCAGCAGCACAAGGCCGGAAUGCUCAGCAGCUUCCAGCACAACCUCUGAACUCCACUCAGUCCAGUCUACGCAACCAAGUGCCUCCUCCGCUACUUCCCUCUCAGGUCCCGCCACCCCUGUUGAAGUACUCUCCCAAUAAUGGAGGUCUGAACCCUCUGUUUGGCCCACAGCAGGUGGCUAUGUUAAACCAGCUGUCCCAACUCAACCAACUGUCUCAGCUUUCUCAGAUUAAUCAGUUACAGCGUCUCCUUUUGCAGCAAAAAGCGCAAAGCCAGAGGGCCAUGCCUGUUAACAGCCGCCAGGAACAGGGUCGCGGUCUGGGUCCGUCCCAACAGAUGAUCCAGCCUCCCCGCCAUCUCGAUCCCUCCCUGAUGAAGCAGCAGACUUCCCCUCAGCCACCCUCGCUGCACCAGCCCAGCCUCAAGUCCUAUAUGGAGAACUUCAUGCCCCCCAAUGCCUCCGACCUGCAGAAAGAACAAAGUUCCCUGAUCUCGUUCAGUAAUUUCCCUUUAGGUUUGAACUCAAACUUGAAUGUAAGCAACCUCGACAUUGGCAGUGUUGGUUUUAAGGAGCCACAGUCCCGUCUGAAGAAGUGGACUGCCAUGGACAUUUCCGUUAACUCGCCACUUGAUCAAAACCCCAGCAAAUCUGGUGCUAUAACAUCUGGCCUGAGGCUUGAAGACUCACCCUUUGGUCCAUAUGACUUCAUCAAUGCCAGUAACGCUCCCAUCAGUCCUCCUGGCUCUGUGGGAGAUGGCUGGCCCAGCCGUGCCAAAUCACCUCAUGGUUCCACCAAUGUCAACUGGCCACCAGAGUUCCGUCCUGGUGAGCCUUGGAAAGGAUAUCCAAACAUUGAUCCUGAAACUGACCCAUUUGUCACUCCUGGCAGUGUGAUUAAUAAUCUCUCCAUUAAUACAGUCCGGGAUGUUGAUCACCUCAGGGACAGGAACAAUGGGCCAUCCUCAUCACUUACCACCACGCUGCCUUCAAAUAGUGCCUGGACAUCCAUUCGUGCCUCCAACCACAAUAGUUCCCUCAGCAGUACAGCACAAAGCACUUCAGCCAGAAACAGUGACUCCAAAUGGUCUCCUGGUACAGUCACCAACACCUCUUUGGCUCAUGAGUUGUGGAAGGUUCCUCUCCCCUCAAAAGGUAUCUCUGCUCCGUCCCGACCCCCGCCUGGCCUGACUGGCCAGAAACAGCCCUCAUCUUGGGACAACAGCUCUCUGAGACUGGCAGGCUGGGGUAGCUCUGAAUCCAGAUUCAACUCUGGUUCCAGCUGGGGUGACAGCAGCUCAGGGAGAACUAAUUGGCUUGUUCUCAAAAACCUCACACCUCAGAUUGAUGGCUCCACCUUGCGAACUCUGUGCAUGCAGCACGGUCCACUGAUCACAUUCCAUCUGAACCUUCCCCAUGGCAACGCUGUCGUCUGCUACAGCUCUAAGGAGGAGGCGGCAAAAGCCCAGAAGUCACUGCACAUGUGUGUUUUAGGGAACACUACUAUUCUUGCAGAGUUUGCUAGUGAAGAGGAAAUUAAUCGUUUCUUUGCACAAGGUCAGUCAAUGACUGCCUCUCCCAGCUGGCAGACAUUGGGCUCUUCUCAGAACCGGAUCGGAUCCAUCGAGGGUUCCCACCCCUUCCCAAACCGCACUGAUCCAAAUCACUGGAACGGCAGCGGAGACCUGCACGGCUCGUCUCUCUGGGGCGUUCCCAAUUACUCCACGAGCCUGUGGGGCAGCCCCAGUGGUGGUGAAGGGGGGAGAAUCAACAGUCCCUCCCCCAUCAGCUCCUUCCUUCCGGAGUCCAUGUAGUGCAUCUUUCACCUUCUGACUUAAAAAGAAAAAAAAUGACAAAAAAAAACAUACAAACCCGUGACCUCAAUGUGGAAAUAGUUAAUCAUAAUCAUAUGACCAUAUAUAUAUAUAUUAUAUGAAAAAAAAUCAAAUGGCACUAGUUAGACUUUCUUCACUUACAAAAAGAAAAGAAAAAAACCAAUGCGGGGUCACCCUGUGGAAACAAGUUACGUUUUUUUCUGCACAUAUGUCCACUUUGUUUUAGCCCAAAACAUAUCAUUUUGAAUACUUGAAUUAUGCAGGCCAAUUCUAUAAUGUGAAAGGAUGUAUUUACACUUCCAGGUAGUGCUCUUCAUACAGAAAAAAGCUUCAGUUGAGCUCAUCUGUUUAUUCAUCAUGUUUAUUUGAAUUCCAAUUCUUUUUGUUUUGUUUUUAUUAUUUGCAUUUCGUUUGCUGACAAUGGAGUUUGAGCUUUUUAAACUUUGCACUGAAUGUGGUUUCUCUCAGUAUAAUCUGCAAUAUGGAGGGAGCCGACAGUUCCAGUGUAGUUGUUUACUCAAGGAUGUUCUUAAAGUGUGCGCUCUACUAUGCCUUGAUGUACGCCUACCUUAUUGUAGUAUUGUGGAGUUCGAGAUCAAGAUAUAGAUGCUGACUUAGGAUUAUUUGAUAUUACAGAAAUAAGUAUUGCACCAAUUUUGUUUUAAAACUAAAGAAUUUAGCUCUGCAGUCUAAAAAACUGUAGCCACAGCUGUGACUUGCAAACCCGACCUGCAAGCCAGGGGGAACAGCACUUUCAAAAUAGGCUUUCAAUUUUGUUUUGGAGGCAUCACAUUGUGCCCUCUUGUUUACAAAACGUUUUGAGGGGGAAAGUAUGGUCAUUCUUCCUUUUAUUUUAAAUGGCGAAAAAAAAAAU